AUGACUUUGAAUAAUAUCAAAAGAGAAGAUUUAUCUGUGAAAUCACCUCUAGCUAUAUACAACAGUGGAAGAAGUCAAUCACUAUCAGGUAUGUUGAAUCAAUCUAUGCCUUUGGCUGCCAUCUUCCUUAGAAACAAGUUUUUAGCAUGGUUUGCUGUCGUUCAAGGGAUGCAUUACCUCUUGAACACCGAUCGUGAACAAGCCGCUCGUGAUGCUUCCGCUAAGGACCCAACUGGUUUGGAUCAAUCCCCAUUCACUAGACUAUUGAUCGCUGUCGGGGCUAUUAUUAUAUGUUAUAUCGACUUUGUAUUCCCUCAAAAAUGA